UCCCGUUCGGUUUUUUCCUCUUCGUGAAAGAGGCCCAAUUUGCAGCGCCAGGCGCCAGUCCCAGUUAAAAUAAGUGGUCAUUCUCCUGCUUCAGCGUCUUUGUUCUGCCUAUUUCUUGGUCGUUUCGUGCUGUGGAGCAAAUCUCGAGCAGGCUUUUCGGUUCCGUACGAGGCGAUUCUGGUCUUCGUCGGUUCAGUUGACUCGAAUUGGAAUGCUCUCUCUGCAAUUUGACCAAUUCUGGUUUUACUGAGAUUGGAUACCAUGCAAACUGGUAAACAUGUUACAAUAUUAAUGAUCUGUACCAAGAAGCUCAAAAGCGAUGGCUGAAGCCUGCAGAGGUGAUGUACAUUUUACAGAAUCAUGAACAGUAUCAGAUUACUCAAGAGACCCCUCAACAGCCAUCCAGUGGAUCCUUGUUUCUGUUUAACAGAAGAGUUCUACGCUUUUUUCGAAAAGACGGUCAUAAUUGGCGGAAGAAAAGAGAUGGAAGAACUGUGGGAGAAGCACAUGAACGACUUAAGGUUGGAAAUGUUGAAGCCUUAAAUUGUUAUUAUGCACACGGAGAGCAGAACCCCACUUUUCAGAGGCGAAGCUAUUGGAUGUUGGAUCCGGCUUAUGAGCAUAUUGUUCUGGUACAUUACAGAGAAACCAGUGAGGGAAGGUCUAAUUCUGGACCUGUCACACAACAGUCACCAGGCUCCUCAUCUGCAUUUAUUCAGAGUCCUAGCUCAUACGCUACCCAGAAGCUGGGGUCAACAUCCACGUUUGGUGAUUCAUAUGAACCUAAUCAGAGUUUUUCCAGUCCUGGAUCAGUAGAAUUUACAUCUGAUACAUUCAUCAAGACUAAUGGAAAAAAUCACUCGGAUGGAACAGAGGCGGAGUCAGGAAAUUCACCUGAACUUGAGGUUACUCAGGCCUUGCGCCGACUGGAGGAGCAGUUGAGUUUGAAUGAGGACAUCUUCAAAGAAAUUGAUUCCUUCAGCAGUGAGCAGGAGAACACAUAUGAUUCUAGUCCCCAACAAAAUACAAUGGCAAUCAACAAUCAAGAUGUUACUGCAGCUUGGCCUGCACUGAGUGAUCAAGGCCAAUCUUAUGAUGGACAUGGUGCCAGACAAGGCCAUAAUUGCUCUGAUGGAAUUGAGAAGACUUUAUACUGGAAGGAGAUGCUGGAUUCAUGCAAGCCCCUGUCCUCAGCCAAUUUGCAGGAGAAACAUGUGUACAGACCGGCUGGAAAUGAAAACUCACUUUCUUCUUCGGGAAGGUUACCAAUUGCCAACAAGGAAAGCAGUCACUGGAUAAGCUUUGGCAGUAACAAUGCUGAAAAAUCUGCCUUUUCACUGACUCAAGACAUUCAUGGAGUGGGAUUUUCUCCAUAUUCUUCUAUAGAAACUCAAGAAGCUAAUUUGGACUAUGCAUCAUUUUUUGACCAAAACCAAGUUGAAGCUCCUCUGGAUGUAGAUUUAAGUUUGACUGUUGCACAAAAGCAGAAGUUCACAAUUAAGGAAGUAUCUCCAGGAUGGGGUUAUGCUAAUGAAGCCACGAAGGUUAUCAUUGUGGGAUCAUUUCUUUGUCCUCCUACAAGUUCUACCUGGGCUUGCAUGUUUGGUGAUGUUGAAGUUCCUGUUGAAAUAAUUCAAGAUGGUGUGAUCCGUUGCGAAGCUCCAUCUCACCUUCCUGGAAAGGUUACUCUAUGCAUUACUUCUGGGAAUCGGGAGUCCUGCAGUGAAGUUCGUGAGUUUCAGUAUCGCAGUAAGGAUAGUUGCCCUCACUGCAAUCCACUGGAAGCAGAAUCCACUAGAAGUCCUGAAGAACUGUUAUUACUUGUUAGAUUUGCGCAGAUAAUUCUUGCUGAUUCUUCUACGACGGAAUCUGGAAAUUAUGAACUGGAUAAACAGAAAUUUGAUGAUGAUUCGUGGAGCCAUGUUAUUGAGGCUCUUCUAGUUGGCAGUGGAACUUCAUCUGGUACUGUUGAUUGGCUUCUUGAAGAGCUUCUAAAGGAUAAGCUGCUGUCGUGGCUUUCUUCCAGAUCCCACAAAAGAAAUGAAGAGACAGGCUCUUCUUUGUCCAAAAAGGAGCAGGGCAUUAUACACAUGGCUGCUGGGUUGGGUUUUGAGUGGGCUUUGAAUCCCAUUCUCAGCUGUGGUGUGAACAUAAAUUUCCGUGACAUCAGUGGAUGGACUGCCCUACACUGGGCUGCACGCUUUGGGAGGGAAAAAAUGGUUGCUUCACUUAUAGCCUCUGGUGCCUCUGCUGGAGCAGUGACAGAUCCAACUGCCCAAGAUCCAACCGGUAAAACAGCUGCUUCUAUCGCAGCCAACAGUGGGCAUAAGGGUCUGGCAGGUUAUCUUUCUGAGGUAUCUCUAACAAGCCACUUAUCUUCCCUCACCCUGGAAGAAAGCGAGCUGUCUAAAGGUUCAGCUGAGCUUGAAGCAGAGUUAACUGUAAGUACUGUCUCCACGGAGCAUCUAACAGCCAGUGAAGAUCAGAUUUCACUCAAACAUACUUUGGCUGCUGUGCGUAAUGCAGCUCAGGCAGCUGCACGUAUACAGUCUGCUUUUCGUGCUCAUUCCUUUAGGAAAAGGAUAGAGAGGGAAGCUGCCAUUUCUGCAGCAGGUAUGGAUCGAUACGGUAUCAGUGAUAACAUUCCAGAGCUUUCUGCCAUGUCAAAACUUGCCUCUCAUAAUUCACGUGAUUACCAUUCAGCCGCCAUAUCAAUUCAGAAGAAAUAUCGAGGAUGGAAAGGCCGCAAAGAUUUUCUAGCAUUACGUAAGAAAGUAGUGAAGAUACAGGCUCAUGUAAGGGGUUACCAGGCUAGAAAGCACUACAAGAUUAUAUGUUGGGUAGUUGGGUUCUUUGACAAGGCUGUGCUACGAUGGAAGAGGAAAGGAGCUGGUUUACGAGGUUUUCGACAGGAGAGAAACUCAACUGAUGAAAAUGAAGAUGAAGACAUUCUCAAGGUGUUCCGAAAACAGAAAGUAGAUGAAGCAGUUGAACAGGCUGUUUCACGGGUGUUGUCCAUGGUUGAUUCUCCAAAUGCUCGUCAACAAUAUCAUCGCAUGCUUGAAAAGUUUCGUCAAGCUAAGGCUGAAGUCGGCAGCACAAGUCAAGGAGUACCGUUAUCUUUUCUGCAGGAGGCUUCCAAUAUGGAAGAUGAUGACUUAAACCAGCUUCUCUAGAUCCUAGAAGUAUCUUCCUGACUCCGGUUGACUCUGGUUGAUCAGUUUCUGGCUGCACCCUUUUUCCUCUCUGUUUUUGGUUUGAUUGUGUAUCUAUAUUUAGAUGUGUAGAACAAGCUGAAUCCUUUAGUUUGUAAAGCUAGCAAGUCUGUUUAGUGAUGAUCUUGAAGACGUUGCUUCUAAAGGGAAUCCUUGUAAGUUAAAUGUAAUAAUAAUGGCUUUCAAUGCUGGUAGCGUAUGAUUUUAAUGGAGAGUAAAUCUUCUUUCA